AUGUCCAGCAAUACGUCUGGAAAUGAGGCGGGUUAUUUCCCCGAGAAAGAGGUCCCUUACACCCCCGAGAAGGAAGUCGCACCUUCACCCGAUCAUUGCCACGAUGGCCCGGUGGACGGAGAAUUGGUCAACGCCUCAGGCCAUCGCCAGGAACUCGAACGGAAUUUCAGCCUUAUAAGUAUCUGUGCCGUGGCAGUGACGACUGGAAACACGUGGAUUGCCCAAGGUGGCAGUGUUGUGACUGCAUUGAGCAAUGGUGGACUUUCGGGAACUAUCUAUGAAUUUAUGGCCGUCUCUGUCUGCUACUGGUUAGUCGCCGCAUCGAUCGCCGAAUUGGCAUCGGGUAUGCCCUCAGCCAGUGGUGUAUACCAUUGGGCAACCAUCACAGCCGGGAGCAAGUACGGUCGCGUGUGCGGAUUCUAUGCUGGAUGGUGGAACUGUCUGGCGUGGAUCCUCGGUGCUGCAUCUAUGUCUUUGAUUCUGGCCCAGCAGACCGUCUCCAUGUAUGAGCUUAUGCACCCUGGGUUCGUGCCUUCGCAGUGGAACACUUUCGUCAGCUUCCUCCUCUGCACCUGGACUUGCUGCUGCAUUGUCCUCUUCAUGAACCGGUUCCUGCCUUAUAUCGGCAACCUCGGCAUGUUCUUCAUCCUUGCUGGUGUGUUCAUCACCAUCCUUGUUUGUGCUAUCAUGCCCCAUGUGAACGGCGUUGGAUAUGCGACCGACAAGCUUGUGUGGCGCACUUGGGACAACCGAACCGGUUACACCCAGCAAGGAUUUGUCUUCGUCGCCGGUAUGCUCAACGGUGCCUACAGUGUGGGAACCCCUGACUGCUCGUCUCAUUUGGCCGAGGAGAUCCCGAAGCCGAGUCGGAACAUUCCCAAGGCUGUUUUCGCUCAAAUGAGUGUUGGGUUCGUCACAGGUAUCUGCUACAUGGUCGCCAUCUUCUAUGCCAUCAACGACCUCGAGGCGGUCCGCACUACCGGUACCUUCCCUCUCGCCGAGAUCUACCGUCAAGCUACCGGCUCCCGUGGUGGCGCUCUGGGUCUCCUGAUUGUCGCAUUCCUGCCUACCUUGAUCACUGCCUCCGGCUGCUACAUCACCGCCGGACGUACUCUCUGGACCAUCUCGCGUGACGGCGCCACUCCCUUCGCGGGAUGGCUUGGAAAGAUCAGCACUAAGUUCCACAACCCCUUCAACGCUACCCUGACCUGUGGCUGCAUGAUCACCAUCUUAGCCUGCAUCUACCUUGGCUCUACAACCGCAUUCAGCGCCUUUGUGGGUUGCUUCGUGCAGCUAUCCAGUCUUUCAUACUUCAUGGCUAUCUUCCCUCACAUCUUAACCCGCCGUUCAUCUUUCGUUCCCGGAUACUUCUUCAUGAACAACAAGAUUGGCUAUGUUAUCAACUCCCUGGCUUGCAUUUAUAUUAUUGCUUUCGCCAUCAUCUUCUGCUUCCCUUAUGCUUUGCCUACCGAUGCUGCGUCGAUGAACUAUGCCAGUUUGAUGACUGGUGGUUUGUCCAUCUUCGUUACGAUUUGGUGGUUCGUCCACCAGGGCUCCUACCAGGGCCCGAAGCAUGUCCCCUUGACCGACAAGGCGCUGGCUGAUGAUGCGCGGUAA